UGUUCACUAGGAAGUAUUGCCCUUCGCUCAUUUGUACCUGCUCAGUGGUGUAUUUGCUGUCAAGAAAUGGCUUCCAUCGCAACAGAAAAUGUUACUCAACUUUACAACAUUAUGAGCAUCCAGGAGCUCAGAAUCAAUCCAGCAGAUUUCCACAAUACUUCAGGAGUGCAUCAACUGAAUAGAUCUAAAUGCAUUGAUUCAGAUGCAUGGAACUGGCUAUACACUUUUCAGCCUGGAUUCCUCUGGCUUAUAUUUAUUCUGGGAGCAAUAGAAAAUGGCUUUGUCCUCAGUGUCCUGUGUUUCCACAAGAGUCGCUGCACAGUGGCUGAAAUUUACUUAGCAAAUAUGGCAUUUGCUGACCUUAUGUUAGUCUGUGUUUUGCCUUUCUGGGCCAUUAAUAUUUCUAAUAAAUUUGGAUGGCCUUUUGGCCUAUUCCUCUGUAAAGCCAUCAACACAAUUAGUUACAUGAACUUUUAUUCUAGCAUUUAUUUUCUAACACUAGUAAGCAUCGACCGCUAUCUGGCCAUGGUGAAAACCAUGUCUCUUGGACGGAUGCGACGAACCACCUGCGCCAAAUGGAAUAGCUUCAUAGUUUGGAUGUGUGCCUUGCUUAUAUGUUCACCUACAGUAAUGUUCCGAAAUUUACGAUAUUUCAAAGAAUACAACAUCACAGCCUGUUCUCUCGAGUAUCCAGCCACCUACUGGCAGCCUGCAAACAACUGCUUGCUUAAUAUUGUGGGCUUUGUGAUCCCACUCUGUGUAAUUACCUAUUGCACGAUUCAAAUAAUCAAAGCCUUACGAAGCAGCGAGUUACAAAAACUCAAGUUAAUCCAGACAGAGAGGAGAGCCACUAUGCUGGUCCUUGCUGUGCUUUUGCUGUUUAUCAUUUGCUGGCUUCCGUUCCAGAUCAGCACACUCAUCGACACAGUCUCUUACCUAGCAGAUACUUUCCAAUGCCUUGAAGACAUCAAUGAGAUAGUGACCCAGGUAGCAACAUACUGUGCCUUUAGCAACAGCUGCUUGAACCCCGUCCUGUAUGUUAUUGUAGGAAAACACUUCCAGAGGAAAGCUGCGGAAUUCUAUAAGGACUUGCUCCCAAAGAGAUGCAGAAAAUCACAGUCUGUGCGGAUGGAAAACUCCCUGGACACUUUAAGAACUUCCAUUUCUAGUGAAUGCCCAAGGAAAAAGUCUAUUUUCCCAUUACCACGAUAGCACAGUUCGUUCGUUACAGAAAAAAACUUCUAACAUUUGGGUCUCCGCUAAUAUGCAUCUGCUAUGGGUCCUCAGCAUAAAUGUGAGGUAGCAUUCAUCACGUGUGGGGAACCAAUGGUUUGAUCUUAAUGCAAACUCCAUGUAGACCCCUGCUUCUACUGCUGUUGGAUGUUUGUCAUGGUCACAUCAUACAUGAUGGCACAUUUACAUUUUCACAACCGACUUAUAUUAGCUGGCUUCAUUGUUUGAAAUGUGUGUAUUUAUGAUGAACAUAAGUGCCUGAAUGCACAUACAGUUCUCUGAAUAGAGUCCCAGGAUAGGAGCUAUUGUCAGGAUUAUGUGACUACUUAUGGUACCCAUAGUUUGUUAGACUACAUUUUUGAUAGGACGGACUCAUAUUUAAGUAAGUUUCUGAUAACUGAGAAUCCUACAAGAAUAUUAUUCAAACUGAUUUUUAGGAGUUGCCAUCUUCCAUGCUGUUUCCUUUCUCUACUCAGUCAUCCAGAACAAAUUUAUUUGAUUGACAGACUGGGCCUUAUUGCAACUGCUCUGCCUCUGCUAAACUGAGGUUCAUAUUAGCUUUUACUUAUGGAAUGUAACUUAAUAAAGGUAGUGGAAGGAAGGCUGCAGCCAGCUUCAUGAAACUAGCUGAGUUUUCUUUGUAGCAGGAGAGUGCUUACCCCUUCUGCAAAAGGUGCAGUUGCUGCAUUUACUAUGAAGAGCUCCCUUUGGGUGAGUGAAUGUUGCUUACAUUCAUGCAUACACUUCAGCUCAGAGACUUGUUUUUUUACAAAAAACAUAAUUCAUGUUUGUAAUCUUAUUUAAUGGAAGCAUAAAUGCUCAGCACAACUGGUAUAAUUUCACAAGAAGAAACUGAGAUUAUGAAGGAAAGCAUCUUCUCUCUGCGUUAGAAAUCUAAUUGAAGCUAAUAGGAGUAUGUAAGCAUAGCCUCUUCAGACUCUCGCAUUGGCUGUUUUCUCUGUUGAAUUAAUUUGAGUGAUAUUACUAUAAAAUACCUCUUCCCAAAUUAGACUGGAUGUAUAAUCUAAAUUAAUCAUAUAUGGAAGAUAAAUGAAUAGUGUACCAAAUUGUCAAUAUGCAUUUUUACCUCUAGGAACCUUAUUCUAAACCUGACUUGGAGAUGAUCUAACAACUACUGAAAUUAACAGAGCCUUUCCUUUCUUUUCAAGGCACUGAAGGCUAGUGGCUUAAAAUUCCCAAAAGAAAUAGAGUCUGGUGACAUAAUUAAACGAUGACUGCUACUAUGAGUGGUCUUUAUCAGUAAAUCUGUGAGUAAAUUA